AUGGAUGGAUAUGUACAUCUGACGUAAUACAAAAAGAUCCGAGUCAGGAAACCGCUGUGCUCUAUUGUGUUUAUGUCUUUGUUGCUUGUGUAAGCAGGAAUGUACGCACCGACCCCUAGAGGGCGCUCCAACGGCCGUCACAUUGCUUUCACGGCGGCUGCAAAGCUUUGUUUUUUCCGAGAGCUUCCAGUGUGCGGUUGCGCGACCUGACACCCACCCCCCGCCCACGCCCCCCCCCCCCCGCCUGUCAACAAGCGAUGUGCAGGGUGGGCGACACUGUCAGCAUGUUCGGACCUUAACUCGCUCUUAUCUGGUGUCGACUAACGCAUUCGUUUCGGACUCCGCUGAAGUCACGUCGAGGGCGGAACGACGGCCAUGUUUCUGAGUCGUGCGGCGACCACGACGACAACGGCGGCGCGUGUCCUCCGCCGCUCUUGCGGCCCACCGCUGACACUAACGAGGGGGUUUCACUGGGGCAGUCCGGGCUGCGUGGGGUGGACGCCUGCGCGCUUCGCGGGACAACGAGCGGAGCCGUACCGGCACCGCGGCUCGACCAUCCCGGACUGGCGACACUUGAGCUGGUGCGGCGGCCUGGCGCAGCCGGGGGUUUUGUUUUCAAGCAACCGCGGGCUGUCUACCGCCCCCGUGGCUCCAAAGAAGACCCCCGCCAUGGACGACAACAACGCCCAGGACGAGUGCAGCGUAAAGGAAGGCCCACCGACUCCUCCGCCUGAAGGGAAAGCCCCCGGGGGGCCCGAACCGGGCGGCGAUAAGCCCAACAAAACCCAGCAGCUCAAAAAGGUCUUCAAGGAGUACGGCGCUGUGGGGGUCUCCUUCCACGUGGGGAUCUCCCUCAUGUCUCUGGGAAUGUUCUACCUCCUCGUAUCUAGUGGCAUCGACAUGGCGGCCGUGCUGGGCAAGUUGGGCUUCAGCGAGGCCAUUAUCCGCUCCAAGAUGGCGGCGGGCACCAGCACGUUCGUCCUGGCCUACGCCGUCCACAAACUGUUUGCGCCCGCGCGCAUCAGCAUCACGCUGGUGUGCGUGCCGUUCAUCGUGCGCCACUUCCGGCGGACGGGACUCUUCAAGCCGCCGCCCACGUCUGCGCCCUGAUCAGUGUGUCAUGUGACUGAUGGUGGCCAUAUUGCCUUGGGGGAGGGUACGAAGGGGAGAGAAAAAAAAAAAAAAAAAAAAAACCCCAACAACGGCAAGAACUUUUAGCCUGCUCUGGCCGGAGCUUGCGGAAAAAUUACUGAAGGAGAAAAUUACAAGAUGGAUGCAAUCAGGGAUCUUUUACUUUUUAAGUUUUCUUUCCGGGUGUCACAUUUAUGAAGUUUCCCCAUCUCGGACACUUCCAGAAUAUGACAAAACUUUCCCCUUCAUUUUCUUGACUGUUUGAUCCCCUCUUUCCCUGACAGAUCAUUGCAGUAAGAUGAAUAAAACCUUUUUUCUUUAAAAAAAAAAAAAAGGCAUCAUCCUCCUUUGGAUAUACUUAAAAAAACAAGUACUUCUUGUGAAGUAUUUUUUUAAAAGAGAAAACUGCAGAAUUAUCCUACAGAGAAAAAUACUGAAAGCCCAGAGAGGAUAGGAGUUUUCAAUAAAGUACAUCUGUCUUAUACUGCCCUCAAGCGGCCAAGGCGAGCAGCAGCAUUAUUUCAUAACAGUUUUUAUAACGUAUAAUUAGUGAGGACUGACGACAGACACCAAACCC